GGACAUUUGAGGUAGCAAUCCUUGUUAAACUGUGGAGUUCCAAAACCGCACCAGAUCCGUUUUACGAUGGCUCAAAAAGUGUGGUUGCCACUCUUGGCAGCGCUAUGCUUUCUACAAGGCAUCCAGUGUCAAACCAUCGCAAUCGAACAGAUUCUGUCCCUGUGCUGCCAGGAUGGCGAGGAAUGGGGCAUACUGAGCCGGACAUGCUCGAGCUACAACAAGUCACUGGAACUGGUGCCGGCUGGGCUGCACGGGUUGUGCCUUUCGACCAUCGAAAUAUGCUGCUCGAAGCAGCACAAAAUCUACCAGUGCACGGCCGGCAAGAUAGCCGCCAAGCAGGGCCAGAGCUGCUCCCUGAAGGGCGACCACUCGGGAUCGGAGUUUUACACGGAUUGCUGCGAAGCCUGCAAAAUUGGACUUGUGGUCGGUUCCAGUGCCAACAAGUGCUCGGUGGAACCGUUCGCCUUCGGUAGCCCCUGGGACGAGAUCUAUGACGGAUGCUGCAACGACAUCAAGAAAGAAGGUGAAAUUAUAUUCCUCGCAGCCCAGAACGAGCAGGGGCUGUGUGAGCAAUUUUCGGAUCUUUGUAUGCACGAUUGUGAGAAUGUCGAGGGUGGCUCGUAUGUGUGCCGAUGCUUUCCGGGUUAUAGGUUGCUGGAUGACAACAAAUCCUGCGAAUUGGUGAAGGAUAAUGCGGCGGUGGAGUCAAAAAGCUGUAACGCGGGAUAUAAGCUGAACAAGCGCACGGGAGAGUGCGAAGACGUCGACGAGUGCGAGUCAGGUGAUGCUACGUGCAAUCCGGCAAAUCAGGUGUGCCGUAACACGUACGGUAGCUACCGGUGCAUCGAUUUAAUUCCCCCCAACAUCGUGUGCGAUGCCGGGUAUGAACCGAAGAAUGGCAAAUGUGAAGACAUCAACGAGUGUGACGAGGAGGGCGCCUGCGACGAGGGCUACCGUUGCGAAAACAUUAAGGGCUCCUACGAAUGUAUCGCUCCGGUAAAGAUUUAUCCAACCCCACCGAGACAGAAGGUGGAAGCGUGUGCGCUCGGCUUUCGGCGACAUAAUGAUCAGUGCGUGGAUAUUGAUGAAUGUGCGGCCGACAAGAACGCCUGCGACAGUAAUCAGGUGUGCACGAACGACAUCGGCGGGUUUAAGUGUGAAUGUAAAAUUGGAUUCAUCCUGGAUUCCAUUACGAACGCGUGCGUUGAUAUAAACGAAUGUCAGGUGAACGCUCACGAAUGUCUGGAAUCGCAACGGUGUGAUAACACGAUAGGCUCGUACACGUGCAUCCGGCUGCAAAGCUGUGGCACAGGAUACACCCUAAACGCCGAAACGGGCAACUGCGAUGAUGACGAUGAGUGUGCCCUUGGACGGCAUAAUUGUCAGCCACCGUUCGAGUGCUUCAACACCAAGGGUUCGUUCCGUUGUCGGCAGCUGUCGAGAUACAACAUGCCGACGAGCACGUCGACCACAACCAGUACUACGACCAGCCGGCCGUUCUACCGGGACCCUUAUCCUGGCUCGUAUCAGCCUCAACUUCCACCGUGUCGGAUUGGGUUCGAGCGCAACGCCCUUGGAGCAUGCGUAGAUGUGAAUGAGUGCGCUAGGGGAGGCAUGUGCCAUCGGCAUCAACAGUGCAUCAACACGAACGGUUCGUACCGCUGUCGGGACCUUCUCACCUGUCCACCUGGCUAUCGCGUGAAUGAUGACAUAACGGAGUGUUUGGACAUCGACGAGUGCGCUACAGGUGUGGCGAAAUGUGGUCCAGAGCAGACGUGCCGGAACAAGAAGGGUGGCUUCGUGUGCGAAUGUCCGCCGGGGCACGUGAUCGGCCGGAACGAGCGCUGCGAGGACAUUGACGAAUGUGCGAAACAUGGCCCAAAGGUUUGCCAGCCAAUUGCGAACUGCAUCAACACGAUCGGUUCGUUUCGGUGCGAAUGUAAGGAGGGCUUCCGUAACGGUCCGGACGAUAAGAAGUGCAAUGACGUGGAUGAGUGCGCGGAAAUACCGGGGUUGUGCCAUCAGCAGUGCAAAAACAAUUGGGGCUCGUACAAGUGCGGUUGCAACCCGGGCUAUCGGAUAAGCUACAACAAUCGCACCUGUGACGAUAUGGAUGAGUGUGAGGAGUACAAGACGGCUAAUCUUUGUAUGGGAAUUUGUGAAAAUACUCCCGGCUCGUAUGCGUGCCGUUGCCCGCAUGGGUACAAGUUGGGAUCCGACGGGCGAAGCUGCAUUGACAUUGACGAGUGCCAAACAGGGGAUGUUUGCAACGGACGCCACGAUAUAUGCACGAACAUUGGAGGCAGCUAUCGCUGUACGACCAUCGAUUGUCCCCACGGCUACCAGCACGAUAAGGAUCGACGGAACCGCUGUCAACGCACACACCAUUACUGUAAUGCUGGUGACGUGGAAUGCUUCCGACGGCCUCACUCGUAUUCCUUCAACUUUCUGACGAUCGUGUCGAAUAUUAUUCUACCACCGGAAGGUCGUGGUUUGUUCACGCUAGCCGGUCCGCAUCACUACCAAAUGAUCGACUUCGAUCUGAAGCUUGUUACGGUCGAUGCGGCUCCCCACGUUAGGGCCGUGGAUUUGCAUUAUUUCGACCUUGAAAAGCGAACGAACGAGGCACAGCUGAACCUGAGAAAAAGCAUCGAAGGACCGCAGGAUAUCGAGUUGGAGCUAAGCAUGAAGGUGUUUCACAAUGGCGAGCUGUACGGAACGAACGUGGCCAAGCUGUUUUUGAUGAUUUCGGCAUAUGAAUAUUAAGCUAGUGCCAAUUGUUGUUUUCCACGCAGGCAGUUUGAAAACCCAGCAGUGGUUUGACCCUUUAUUUGUAUUUCAUUAGCACGCGGUUUGUGUUACUUAUUAUUUGUAUCUUUUGUUUUUAGAGCGCAAAAGAAAUAUGAGAAAUAAUACCUAAGUAAAUAAACAUGGCAAAGGAACUUUGUAUGCUAUAUGUGUUUUGCAGGCUCUUUUCUUUUGCUUAGUAGUUUGGAAUUGAUGAUGCAGGUAACAUACUUCUUAAGGUGUUAUUUAUAAAAAUGCUUACCAAAAUUCAAAAAAAUAUGUACAAAAGAUGUGCUAAAGAAGAAAUUUGCUUGAAUAUUAUUGCUAUAG